ACCUAGUGAGUUGCUCCCGGGGUACACAGGCUGCAGGCCGGCUAGUGGGCUCCCGAAGGAAAAGCCGGGAAACUAGGAAGUGGUUCCGGGGCUGGGCGCACGUUAUCGCGGAGGCUGGGGCCGCGCGCCGCCAGUCCGCGCCGAGCCGCCGCCGCCGCACCACGCGUCACGUGUCGCCCGGCCGCAGCGCGCACGCGCCAACGAGAUCGCGACAACCCAAAACAUUACGAAAAAAAAUUCACGCCACCCACUUGCCAACGAAAAGUGACAGUGACGUUUCGGGGGGGAGCACGGUGACAAUAACACGCAUUUGUAUUAUGUAGUUUACAAAAAUUAUUUACAUGAUUCAGUGAAAAUUUUCAGUGAUACGAUCAACUGGUGAAUUGAGUGCGAUCGAUAGGUGUCGCAGUGGUUGUGUUGUUGGUUCCGAGGAUGGAUGGUGGUGGGCCGGCGGGCUAGGCGCGAUGAUGCGCAAGGAGAACGCCGGCGCUCCCGGCGGGACGGAGUUCUCGCUGGAUGCGGCGGACUGCAUCACGCUGCAGCAGAUACUGCAAGCGUUCAACUCCACCAUCAGCGAGGAGCACGCGUGGGCGCUGUUCUACCAGGCGGCGCGCUGCUUCCAGAAGUGCCUGACGGACGGGCCCGCCGGCUUCCUGGUGACCGAGCCGCGCCAUGUGCUGCUGCACAAGGACGGCACCGUGCACCCCAGCACGCUGCUGCAUCCAGGAGAUGACAGCAGCAGAGAAGAGGUGUCUUCAGAGCAACAGUUGGUGGUAAACUUGGCACUGGUGAUUUACCACGCGCUCGACUACACACACUCGGAGGAUGAGGAGCGGCUUAUCUCGCCGGACCUUGAGGGUCUUAUCACUGAGAUGACGGCCUGCGAUACUACAGAUGAUGACGAGGAAUGCGGCGCCCUCUCCGAGGGUUCGGAGACGUCGGAGUGCGGGCGCGCGGACACUGACGACGAGGGCAUCGAGCGAGACUCCGAGCCCGCGCCCCGCAGGCGGCGCCGGCGCAGGCGGUUCAUGCUUAAGGAUGUCGUUGAGCGCUGUGUAUGGCACUGCGGCGGUGGCGGUCGCUGCGCCCGCGAAGCCGCUGCAGCGCACUACCGCGCCGUGUGCCGCGCCCUCGUCGCCGAAGCCCUGGAACUGGCCUCCUUCCUCGCGAGGGUCCGAGUCGGAGGCGCCAGGGAUAUGGGAGCUGCCGAGGACUCCGCCGCGCAUCUCGACACGCUACGGUUUUCAGACUGGUCAAACCGAAGGAUAUGGAGAGCAUUACAAGCGCGGUUUUGGAUGCAAGUCAUCGGUGAACUGAGGAUGGGGGUUAAAUUAAAGAAAGUUAACUAUUCAAGGACACCAAUAGAGUACGAGUUAACGCCGUACGAAAUAUUAAUGGAUGACAUUAGAUCCAGGAGGUACACGCUAAGGAAAGUUGAUGGCGCGAUACCUCCAAGUGUAAAGAAAGACGCUCAUGCAAUGAUUCUCGAAUUUAUUAGAAGUAGACCGCCUCUUAAAAAGGCAUCAGACCGCAAGUUGCCGCCUCCCCGUCGGGAGAUAACGCCACGAGAAAAGCUUCUUGCAUCUAUCCAAGUUGGGAGACAACUACGACCCACUCCUUACUCCAGGCGAUUAUCUACUAGUGGUACCGGCAGCGGUCCUGGUGGGGGUGAUACGAGGCGCGGCGGUGACGUCACGCCGCACGCGCAGCCCCAGAGGCGACUUAUCAAAGUAGACUUUGAUAAUCUAGAGGACGAUGAAGAUGAAGAUGACACAGAAACGUGCACGAGUCCGGAAGUAUGCGCGCCACAACCUUUCCCAAGGCAUACGGCACCACAGCAACAAACAACUCCCAAACCUUGGAAAAGGACCGAGGAGACGCCCCCCCGAGCGCCGCCGCGCACGCGAAUCUCCCACGACGAGUACCACCAGUUCUGCGAUGAGACCCUCGAAUCAUACGAUCUGGCCACGCAAUGUCCGUCACGGCGCGCGUCCAUGAGGCGUCACACCGUCACGCACGCUGUCUGCCCACCCACCGAUGGAGCUCAUUCAUUGCCACAUUCAAGGCCGGGAUCCCGUGCAUCAUGCGCCGGCGCAGCUUCCCUAGCAAGUAGCGACGCGGACGCUCAACUCGGAGAACUAUCCUGGUCUCGGUCUAGUUUGCAGGACGAGCUCAUCAAGUCGGUUAGUGGCAGCCCCAACCAUGGCUCGCAUAAACAGUGGCAGGACGCCAUAAUGUCUGACGACCGGUUGUCUCUGACCCUGGAAGAGAUUGUCCACAUCAGGUCUGUGCUGACGAAGGCGGAGCUAGAAGUCCUGCCAGUUGAAGGCAGGGUCAAAGAAGACGUGGAAAAGAGAAGAGUUUGCUUCUUGUGUUUGAAGACAAGAUUCGGAAUCUUUGGUCCGUGGGGCCAGAAGUGUAAAUUGUGUAAAAAGACUGUCUGUCAAAAGUGUUGUUCAAAGAUGCGUAUCCCAACGGAGCACUUUGCGCAUGUGCCGGUAGUGCUGCUGAGCCCCUCGCUGCUUCCUUCACCAGAGGACGAGGCGCACUCCUCCUUCCCCAGGAGUCUCAUGUCCAGGCUCGUGUCUCCUGAGUACUCGAGCAUGGUGGAGAACAGCGUGGGCAGCGCACCCAGCAGCCCGGCAGCUACGCGGCGCGCGAGUGGCGCGGCGUGCGCGGGGCCGGUGUCGCUGGCCGCCGCACACAGCGCGCCCGGCUCGCGCGGCGGCUCGGCGCUCGGCUUCUCCGACCAGCUGUCAGUGCCGCCGCACUCCAUGUCCCGCAGCGUGGAGGGCCCGCAGGCCAUGUCGCUUGUCAAUACGCCGCCUUCUACUUUAGAUCGCAGAGCGCGAUACGGACGCAGCACGACGGGCGUGACGGCGGCGGAGCGGCUGCGCGGCGUGCAGAUGGCGGUGUGCCACGACUGCAAGGCGAUGGUGCUGCAGAUCAUCAAGUCGUCGCGCGCGUCGCGCUCGGCGUCCCGCGACCGCGCGCUGCGCCACCUCACGCUGGACCUGGCGCCCGUCUACACCGCCGACUGUUAGUGCGCGCGCCACGCCGCCACCCGCCAGUGGUUCCUGUGACCUGCACGACACCCCACACCACUCACGAACUCAACCACACCAAGCGAGUGCCAUCAAAAAUGUUCGCGAACCCAAACGUGAUCGGUCAAGUGAUUCAGCUAACGACUUACAGUGAUACAAAACAAUUUCGGUUGAAUGUUGACGUCACAGUGUUCCCGCGCUUGCUGGUGAAGCUGGUGCGUGCACCACACAGUCGGUCCAGUGGAGAUACUAGAGUUGAGCUGUACGUAUUUCUGCUGCGACGCAACAUAGAACAAAAUAUUCGAAGGGCCGUCAAUACCUUCGCCUUAAGAAGCUUACGAAAUAAUUGUACAUUUUUAUUUUUCCUUAAAUCUAUGUUUUGUAAUAUUCUAUUUUUCAUUACCUCACUAACAUUGGAAUCAAUUAUUAUGAUGUGUUAUAUUUUUAAUAGAAGUAUUAUUAUGAAUCUUUCACACUGGUUGGUCAAAUAUUCUAGCCCUUAAAUAUCCUACUAACGCAAUAAUCUCUUUAUUUAAUUUUCAUUUUGUAAUUAUUUCUUAGAUCCAGAUUGUUAUUCCCAUAUCAACUUACCAUUUAUUCCAUUCUGACUAGAUCCUAUUUAUCAUUAGUUUCCAUUGUGUAAAUACUCAAUGACAUUAAAAUAUUAAUCUAAUAGUAAAAUAUCAAUAAUAUUUAUCAGGAAUUUGUCUAUAUCGACGUUCCGAAUUGAUUAGAAGUCACAGAACGUUCAAGAAUCGAGCUUCCAAGGUUGUGUAGUGUCUAUGUUGUGUUUCGUACGUGGACCAUACAUUUUGUUCACACAAAAUGAACUUUGACAAUACUCUAUGACCUUUGACAGACGUUACUACCUACCACUAUUUUUGUUUAUCGCACAAAAUCAUAAUUAUUAUAAAAGUCAUUAAAUUAUACAAAAAAUAUUUAUCCUACAUUAUCAGAGAUACUCAUUAUUAUAAAAUAAAUAAAAAAUAAUGUUAUAUUCCAGAAAUUUACUAAAUAAUAAUUUGUCACUUAAUAAUAGAAUAUAUUUAUAUUUUUCUCCAAAUGAAUGUUUUAAUAUGUCUACAAUGUCGAUGUGAAAUUAAAAAAUGUGUGUUCAAAAAUACAAUGUACUAUCAAUGUUGUUAUAUAAAACGAAAUUAUAUUGUAUAAAUGUUAUGAAACUCUUGUAGAAUCCGUGUUAUAAAAUCAAACAUUUUAGAAGCAUGAAUGAAAUCUUCGAUGUCAAAUUGUGGAAAAAAUUCUUUAUUCAAUGUAUUUUUCUGUCAUAAAUCAUGCUCGAUGUAAAAUUCAUGUUUUCAUAAAAUUUUCCACAAGUUGACAUCCUUCCAAACUAUCUUCUCAGUUACUGACCCCCUGACCAAUUUCCAAGACUAACGUCGGAUAUACACGUUAGAUUAAUUAUGCAUUAUUAAUUUGACAUUUAUGUCCACAGAAAAUUGUUUACAGUUUAUUUUGAUAUUUUUGUAAACCGUUUGAAUUAAAUAUUUUAUAGACAUUGAUUUAAAAUCUACGUGAAUAUCCGACAUGAAAUGAAUUGCAUUAAAAUACUUAAUUUGUGUGACAUUCAGAGCAAUUGUUUUCAUUAUGUUAAGUUUCCUGUGCCAUACGAAUCGAGAUGAAUAUUUUUAUCAGUGACUAAAAUUGCAUGUGCGUUUGUUCGCGAGCAUGUCACGUGUGAAAAUCCUACGUGCCUACCUAUGAGUACAGAUCAAGACCAUAUUUUGUUUUAAGUUUCUAUUUUUUCACUUAAGUUUUUGGUUCAAUAUAAAAAAAAUACAAAACCACAAAAAAAUACAGAAAUAUUUAAUUUUCUUUAAACCGGUUGCGUGCUUUUGAUACAACUGUUUUUUAUGAAGGAUUUACGAGUAUAUUUUAUUUUUUAUAAAGAAUUUAUUUUGCCAGUUCUUCAGUUAUUCGUGAUAUAAAAAUUACGUUUGACAGUUCAGUCGACAGUAUGCAACCAGCUUUAUUAAGUCUGAUUGUUUGUAUGAGAUGUAUGAUUGCGAAAACAUUUACUCCAUUCAUAUUCAUACAAGUCGAGAUCUCUAAUGCGGCAGUAGUAAUGCAGAAGAAAUAAGAAACAACUUUUUCACUUUGGCCUUUGUGUAUUGGAGAACCAUUCCAUUACAAACCCAUUGUUCGUGAAAAUGCACUGGUGAGAACUAAGCCUUAGCACGACAUGUAUUUAUUACUGCCGCAAUUACAGAUUUGACUAAAUUUAUUUAGAAUUAACUAAAUUAUUUGGCGAAUUAUACCCACUAUCUAGUACUCCUUUGUAAAUAUAGAUUUCUAGAGUAAAACUAUAGUAGCGGUUCAAAUAAAAUGGUAGAACUAUUUUCAAUGUAAUUAAUCAUCGUAAUUAAUUAUUAAAACUGGGUUUUCCCUCAACUCUUACAUUCCCUCCGUUAAUUUAGUUAUUUUUAAGUUAAAUGAUAGCAGCCGUCAUAUUUUUUAAUAAUGUACCUACUGGGUACUUACAAAAUGGCCUAAUUACCCAUUGAUUGUUCAGCAUUGACAUUUUCCUUUACGUCAUUUCUUUUUAAAUAUUUUUGUCGUCAAUAUUUGUUAAUUUAUAUCUUGUACAUUUAAAAAGCCCAGUUAUUACUUGUAAAUGUGUAAUUUAGUAGUCUGUUAGAUGUUACUUAGAUUGUAACUGUUUAAAGAACUUAAGUACUUAUGUAAGUGGAAAUAAUCGAUGAUGAAAACAAAACCAUACUUAAAUAAACAUGAAUACAAAUCGUU